CAAAUUCAGAGUUUCAUGAGUUUAAAUUGAAUUCUGGUGAUUAAUUCGAUACGCUGCCGGUGUUUUGCUUUAACACCCGCUUUGCGUAAGUCCACACAGCUUGUGAUUGAGUCGGAAUACGGGUGGGAGACGCAGUGAUCUGGUACUGGUGGUACUGGUGGUACUGGUGCAGAGCUGCUGGUUCUUCAGCUGAAUCCUGGUGCAGGUCGGAAUGCAGAGCCUGCAGGUUUCUGCUCCUGGGAAAUGCAUCCUGCACGGAGAACAUGCUGUAGUGCACGGGAAGGUCGCUCUGGCGGUGAGUUUGAACCUGCGCACGUUUCUCCGGCUGCAGGUCACAUCUACACAUGAACUUCACAUCAACCUGCCCAACAUCAGCACCUUCAUGCGCUGGGACACCGAAGCUCUGAAGCUCCUGCUGCCCCCCAGCAAAGAUUCCUCUCUGAGCAGGACGGAGCUGGACGUCGAGCUGAUGAAGAAGCUGCGUGAUUUUGCCGGCGUGGCUGAAGGUUCCACAGACACCAGAAGCAUGGCGGUUCUGUGCUUCCUCUACAUGUACCUGUGUGUGUUCUCCGACUCUCAAGUCCUGCCCAGUAUGACGGUCAGCGUGUGGUCAGAACUUCCUACUGGUGCUGGUUUGGGUUCCAGUGCUGCGUACAGUGUGUGUGUAUCAGCUGCUCUACUGUCGGCCAGAGGAACCAUCAGCUCACCACACACACACCAGGAGGAGACGGUCAGAUGGACUGAGGAGGAGCUGGAGCUGAUCAAUCAGUGGGCAUAUCAGGGUGAAAAGAUCAUUCAUGGCAACCCGUCUGGAGUGGACAACGCUGUGGGUACAUGGGGGGGCUUUCUGCGAUACCAAGCUGGGAAAAUUACACCACUCAGCAGGGUGCCCACGCUCAGGAUCCUCCUCACCAACACCAAAGUUCCCCGCAGCACCAAGCUCCUCGUUUCCAGAGUCAAGGACAACGUCAACAAGUACCCGACAGUGAUGGUGCCGGUGCUGGAGUCGGUGGACGCCAUAUCCCGACUGUGCGAGCAGACUCUGGCGGAGAUGACCACGCAGGGCGCCAGCGCCGAACACUACAGCACGCUGGAGGACCUGAUGGACAUGAAUCAGCACCAGCUGGACGUUCUGGGCGUCGGCCACCCGUCUCUCAGCGCGCUGUGCCAGCUCACGCUCGCCCGGGGUCUUCACAGUAAACUGACCGGCGCCGGAGGGGGAGGCUGCGCCAUCACUCUCCUCCCGCCAGAGACGGACGAGUCGGGGGUGCGGGAGGUGGAGCAGGAGCUCAGACGGUUGGGGUUCGACUGCUGGGAGACGAGUAUCGGAGCGCCGGGGGUCCUCACACACUCGCCGUCCUCGUUUCCACCCAACGUUAGUGCCAUCCUGGCGGAGUACUGAGCAGCGACCGGGUGGAAGAUGCAGUACGUUUGAUUCGAGAUGUAACGAAGACCUGUUGGUCGGCAGGGAGCCGCACAGGCACGAUUGGCUGAUUGGCUGGGAUGGACCCCUGAGUUCACGUCAGGACAUGAAAUCAGGACAGAAAUGAAAAGAAACAUGUACAGAUGAAAUGCAAACAAUACAAACCGAACCACAAAUUUCCCCCGGUCUCAGUCAGACCACGCCCACUUCACAAAGAACUGCAAACAGUUCUGCAGGGUUAGCGAGUGCAUCAGGUCCAGCGUGGAGAGCACCUGCUUCCUCCAGCAGAGGGAACCAGAGCGUCAAUAACUAACUGUUACUGAUCAGACGUAAACUUUUAUACAUCAAAUAAUAUAAAUUAAUACAUUUAUCAUCUGUAACAUUUAUUAUUCAGUUUUAAUUUAAAUCAUCUUAAUAAAAAUCAUUUAAACAUUU